UUGAAGCUAAUAUUACCAUACAAGAUGGUCCACCUCAGGCUCAGUGAUAUUUCUAAGCGAUUAACAAACGAAGAGUUAGAUAACAUUUUUAAACUGAAAACAAAUAGCCAAGACAGUGUUGGUAAUUAUCAAGUCAUGCGUGUGGGACCUGCAGGAGAGGGUUUGCUUAGUGCAGUUUAUAGAAUCAAUGUUAAAGGUGAAAAAUAUGAUACUAGUUUCGUCGCCAAGGGACUCCUCCACGAUUUGAUGCUGAGAAAAACUUUGAGUUGUGAAAUAUUUUUCCAAAGAGAGGUGGUAUUCUUCACCAAAGUUUUACCAAUACUGAUGGAUUUACAAACCUCGCUAAAUGCGAAAGAAUGCCUUCAAAACUAUAUUCCGCUUUGUUAUCACUCCUAUUGCGACGGCUGUAAUGAUUUUUUAGUCAUGGAAGAUAUGUCUGAAAGUGGAUAUGCAUCAUUGUCACACGCACCAACAGAUUUUGAGAAAGAAGGGACCUUAAAGGUGUUGGCUCAUCUACACGCGGUAUCAAUGGCCUUACGCAUAAAAAAUCCAGAACUAUUUUAUAAACUAGCUAAUGAAUUACCUGAAUGUUAUUAUAUUAAUAGAAGAAAGACUUGGUAUGGGAAGUGGCUUCAAAGGGCCAUAGAUAUCGAUAAGGCUGUGGUAGCCGAGUUUAAAAAUAAAAUUGGCAACGUGUAUUAUGAAAAGUUUAUGCAAUUAAUCAAUGAUGAUGUUUAUGAACAAUUACAAAAUAUUUCUAGUACUUGGGGUGACAAUACAGUGUUAAAUCACGGAGAUUGUUGGUAUGCAAACUUUCUGAGUUCAAAGAAAGGCGUUGUAGCUCUCGAUUUCCAGUUAUACAGAUUUGGGUCUCCAGCUAUAGAUCUAACAUUCUUUAUAAUGACAUGUGCUAAUGUGAGCCCACUUGCUGAUGAUUAUAAAAAUACUUUAAAUGUGUAUUAUUCAUAUCUGCGGUAUUUUAUGGAGGACAUGAAUAUGAACAUAGACAAUGUAUUUCCUAGACAUGCUCUGGACUCCGAAAUGCAUAAAUAUGGAAAGUUUGGUUUUUUAGUCGCUUUAUCAUCAAUACCAUUAAUAAUAAGUGAAAGGUGUGAUGUUAUGCAAUCCUUUGAGGAAAGAUUUAAGGAGCAUGACAUUAUCCCGCUAGAAGAACUUUGGGUACUGACACCUUUUAAGACAGACGAAGAAAAAAUGCGAUUAAUAAAUGCUUUGCGAUUAUCUGUAGAUGUAGGGUUAAUAUAAAUACAAGCACUAUAACACAAUAUAAUUACUAUCUACAGUUGUGAGUCUAUCCACUUUUGUUCAUACCAAUUUGUUAUUGUCUAUAUAUCUAUAAUUUUAGUUAUUAUAUCAUUAAUUAUUUGUUAAAUAUUUUUUAGUAUUACUGUAAAAAAAAUCCAUACAAAUGUAUUAACCCCAUGUAAGAAAAUAAAGUUGAUGCAAGUCACGUUGGUUUCCUAAAAAACAGCGGUCUAAAGUUAAUAUAAUUCUAAGACAUUCCGUACGCAAAAAUUGGUAGCAAAUAUGUUGCGACAUAGAAUAUAAAUGUGAUGAUUUCUUUGUAUUUGAAAAUAUACAAUGAGGUUGUAUAGAUUUAGACGAAAUUCUUUUAAUCGAAAAAGGUGACAUUGAAUAUCAAGAAGCUUAUAUAAUAAGGUUUUUAAAAAAUCCUAUUUUUAUAACUAAUCAGAAAUCGUACGAGGAACAUUUUAUAAACUACAUUCACAAGUUUAUUUCAAAUAACUUGUCGUGUAAAAGUUAAUAUAACGUGUUAUAUUAUCUCUCUUUCUGUCAAAAUGUAUUUACGCUGUGAUAAAAAGAGAUCGACGAGUACUUCAGUUAAAACGGUGCAAAUAAAAUAAUGUUUUUUUAUGAAUUACUUAAAAUUAAAAUUGGUAAAAUACUUACCAAAAUAUGCAAAAACAACUCUUAUUUGUACAGUUUCACUAAAAACACUCAAAGAACGUUGACGCAUGUUAAUAUAAAGAAACAAUAAAGGGCAAAUGGUAGAGGGCAAGCUAAAGCGAGGAGACCCGUGUCUUAACACAAUGACGUUUCGAGGCAGUAGCCGCUAAUGUUUACAUUAAUUAUUUAUUAUACAAAGAACUGUUUGGGCCACAAGAAGUAAUUUGUAUAAUUAUGUGAAGGUUCUAUAUACAACCAUGUAUGGGCACUUUGUUCUGCUACGUUAUUAUUU